UACAUGGAAGAGUUGCACAGAUUCAAAGGUGGAAUACCUCUAUCAAAGGGUAGUUCACUAUUUAAUCUGAACCCUGUAGUCGAUGACAAUCAGUUGCUACGAGUUGGAGGUCGAAUAGAGAAAUCUGACCUGUGCAGCAAGGAACAAAACCCCGUCAUCAUACCAGGUCAGCACCACAUUGCCACUCUUCUAAUACGGCACCAUCACGAACUAAUACAGCACCAAGGCCGACAAUUUACAGAAGGUGCUAUCAGGUCAGCUGGCUUGUGGAUUGUUGGAAUGAAGAGAUGUGUUUCUUCCCUGCUUUUUAAAUGCGUCAAGUGUCGCAAGUUAAGAGGUAGACACCAACUACAACAAAUGGCAAGCCUGCCAUUUGAUCGCCUAAGUACAGAUCCACCUUUCACCUACGUUGGAGUUGAUGUAUUUGGUCCAUGGACUGUGGUAACUCGUAGGACUCGCGGUGGAGCAGCCAAUAGCAAGAGGUGGGCCGUGUUGUUUACCUGUCUCAGCGUACGAGCUGUACAUAUCGAGGUGAUCGAGUCAAUGGAUUCGUCUUGUUUCAUCAACGCUUUACGAAGAUUCUUCUCCAUCCGAGGACCUGUCAAACAACUAAGAUCCGACUGUGGUACCAACUUCGUUGGAGCCUGUAAAGAACUUCAACUAGACAAUUUCUUAGCAAACAAUGGAUGUACUUGGCUGUUUAAUUCACCACAUUCUUCGCAUAUGGGAGGAUCCUGGGAGCGAAUGAUUGGAAUCGCUCGAAGAAUUCUCGAUUCCAUGUUGCAGGACCACAAGUCUUCACUAUUGACUCACGAGACUUUGAGUACCUUUCUCUCAGAAGUAUCCGCCAUCAUUAAUGCAAGGCCUCUAGUACCAGUAUCUUCCGAUCCUGAUGCUCCAAUGAUCCUUACCCCAGCCACACUCCUUACUCAGAAGGUUGGAACUACCGUGAUAUCUUCUGCCGAGAUUGACCCGAAGGAUAUCUAUAGGCGUCAAUGGAAACGGGUGCAACACCUAGCCAAUGUGUUUUGGCACCGCUGGAGAAUGGAGUACCUGCAUACCCUUCAAAGCCGUUCCAAAUGGCAAACACCCAAGCCUAACCUCAAAGUAGGAGACCUUGUUCUUCUGAAAGAUAGAGAGGUCUGUCGCAAUGAGUGGCCUAUGGGUCUUGUAACAGGCGUAAUGCCCAGCGAUGACGGAAAGGUUCGAAAGGUUGAAGUUAAGAUAACUAAAGGAGGUUCUGCUCGGACUUUCUCACGACCAAUCACGGAAUUGGUGCUUCUUCUCCCAAGUGAGUGACUUAGGUAGGAGUACCGGCUAUACCUGUUAUGGCGGGGAGACUAUCACUAUUGACUGUGCUACUGUUGAAGUCCCACCAUUACAAACGAUAGACCGCAGGACUCAAGCCAUCUGUUUUUUGGACGUCAUGUUUCAUUGUUCAUUUACUGCAUACCUUCUUGUGUUUGCGGGUAUCUCGUAUCUAUGGUUUACACACCAGUUUUACCUUUAACGUUUCUUCCCCUACAGGUUCAAGUUGGACUUAUCUUUAUAUAUGUAAUAGACUUUGAAAUCUAAAGAUUUCAGGCGGGGAGUGUCAUGUUACAUGAUAUUAUUUUUUAUUAUGUACUGUCUCUUUAAUGCCUAUCUAGUUUGUCUCUUGUGGCUUUCCUUAGUUUGCAUGCUGCUCAGUCUCCUCCCCCUCUUUGCUGUAUCAGCCAUUUUAAUGCUGUAAUUCAUCUGACCUGUGUCUAUUCUCUAUACCUGCAUGGAAGAAUCGUUCUUUUACCUGUUGUAACUUGCAUUCUACGGAUCAUACGACGAAUAAACAUCGCCAGAUCUUCUUUCAUCCACAGGACAUUGCAUCCAUUGAGUUGACCAUGAAAUCCUCUGCAUACCAAAGUAUUCUAGAGUUAAAUGUGAGGCCAUCUAUCUAACAGCUAAACCCUGUCCGAAACUGGGUCAUGCACAAGGAC